AUGAACAAAAUCGUACUUGUGGUUUUCAUUUUCUGCGUCUGCCAGGGCAUAAACGCUUUUUGCACGACACGAUGUGGCGAACCAACGACGAGAUGUGGAUGCGAAACUUGUACGUCUUAUCCCACUAAAGAGUGUGAAACAUGUCGGGAUACGACCCCAUGCUCAACGUGCACGAACAAGUGCAAAUGUAAUUCAUACUUAGAUCCAGAAUGUGAAUGCUUCAAAGCGACGGGUAUAGACGCUUUUUGCACGAGAGGAUGUGGCAAACCAACGACGAGAUGUGGAUGCGAAACUUGUACGUCUUGUCCCAUUAAAGAGUGUGAAACAUGUCGGGAUACGACCCCAUGCUCAACGUGCAUGAACAAGUGCAAAUGUAAUUCAUACUUAGAUCCAGAAUGUGAAUGCUUAAAAGCGAUGGUGAGGUUCCCAGACGUGGAAUAUCCCAUGUCGAUUGCUGAAAUAAAACCAUAUUACAGUGGUUAUAGAUAUUUA